GACACCGGAAAUACUGGGGGUCGCCGGGGAAGAGCACGAUGCCCCUCUACCGAUGAAUGAAGCCGAACCACUAACUUCAUUCAUUUUCGUUUCUUUCCAAACUCUGGACUCAUAUUCAGAUAUUGCAGGUGUGGAUGUCAGUUAGCGUUGCUGCAGGGUUGAACAAAGGUCUGUGGCUGCGCUGCGGCAUCGUGCCUGUAUCUGAGGAGCCAUGUCUGUGUCAGUGAUCAUCAAGUGGGGAGGACAGGAGUACUCCAUCAGCUCUCUUUCUGAGGAGGACACUGUGUUGGACCUGAAGCAGUCCAUCAAGAGCUUAACUGGAGUGUUGCCAGAGAGACAGAAACUUUUAGGAUUAAAGAUCAAAGGUAAACCUGCAGAGGAUGAAGUCAAGCUGGGUUCUUUAAAGCUAAAGCCUAACACUAAAAUUAUGAUGAUGGGUACCAGAGAAGAAAGCCUGGAAGAUGUUUUAGCUCCUCCCCCAGACAACGACGAUGUUGUAAAUGAUUUUGACAUUGAGGACGAGGUCAUAGAGGUGGAGAACAGAGAGGAGAAUCUUGCUAAAAUAGCUCGCAGAGUCAAAGACUAUAAAGUGGAAGAACUGAACCCUCCCAGAGAAGGCAAGAAGCUCCUGGUGUUGGAUGUGGAUUACACUCUGUUUGAUCACAAGUCUUGUGCAGAAACGGGUCACGAGCUGAUGAGACCAUACCUGCACGAGUUUCUCACGUCUGCCUAUGAGGACUACGACAUUGUCAUCUGGUCUGCUACAAGUAUGAAGUGGAUAGAGGCCAAGAUGAAAGAGCUGGGAGUGACGGACAACCCAAACUACAAGAUCACAUUCAUGUUGGACAGUGCAGCCAUGAUUACGGUACACACCCCGAAAAGAGGGGUGGUAGAGGUGAAGCCUUUAGGUGUGAUAUGGGGGAAGUAUGAAGAAUUUUACAACAGAAAGAAUACGAUCAUGUUUGAUGACAUCGGACGAAACUUCCUGAUGAACCCACAGAAUGGGCUGAAGAUCCGACCCUUCAUGAAGGCACAUCUCAACAGGGAGAAGGACAGAGAGCUCUCUAAACUGGCUCAGUACCUGAAAGAAAUCGCCAAGCUUGAUGACUUGAGUGGACUUAAUCAUAAACACUGGGAGAGAUAUUUAUCAAAGAGGCAGCAGCACUGAGGAUCAAGAGUCAACUGUCUAC